GCGAGGCGACCAUGCGCGUCCGUAGCACACGGCCAACUCGCGACUCUCCGCCCCCGCCUUCGCCCCCGCGCCGCGCGUCUGCCGUUUGACACCGGCGAUUCUAUUGUCAGGGCACGCUUUCUUAGGUCACACUGCCGAAGGGACGCGCUUCGCUGGACGCUGAGGAAUUUGAGACAUGUGACACUGUGCCUUUCCUUGCGAAACUGUCACACGAACGGCACAGUUAUUCGUCUGGCAGAAAAAAACAAGUUAUUAAACGUGUGUGUGGUGGACUGUGCUCGUGUUUACAUGCACAACGCUUAACUUUCGCACAGCGAGGGAGAUUGUAAACUGGCAUUUUAUUUAUUCCUCAUCUGAGGUGUCUGACAACUUGUUCCAUCACAAGAUUACGCUCGUAGGAAGAUCAGUGUUAUACAGCUUCUUUCAGAAAAAUAACUUUCUACCGCAGGUUUGUUAAUCUGUCUGGAUGAGCAGUUUCUUCCUCAGACAACAAGCAAACACGCGAGAUCCCAUUAAGGAAAUAUACGCCCUCGGUUAUUGGAUACGUCUGCAGCCAAAGGAUUUUCAGUCUUGUUGGACUAUGUUAGAGCACCUCUGGAAAUGGGUCACCAGAUUACAGCUCUAGCACUCAACCAGUACUGACUCCACUUGAAACAGCAAAAGGAAAAACAGAAAUGGAUGAAGUAUUAAGAUACCCAGUUCCAGUUCGCUGAUCAACUGGUAUAAGAACCUUCUCCACUACUUCGGUGUGCGUUGAGGUAACAUCGUAACCCGCCUCCAGGCUGUGCGGAAAAGGAAGCAGACGAUACGAGUUCCAGGCCCCACCAUGAGGUGGAUAUCGUCUCAUGCGGACUGCUUUAUGAUAUUGGUAGCUGUCUUCUUCGCUGCGCUGCACCAGGCGCGUGGCUCCGGAGUCUUCGAGCUGCGUCUCAAGUCGUUCGUGAACGACUACGGCAAGGACAGUGUGGGCCAGUGCUGCAGCGGCGCGCGGCCCGUGCCCCCGGCGUCCACGUGCCCCGGACAGUGCCGGACCAGGUUCCGAGUCUGCCUCAAGCACUACCAGGCCAACAUCGACACCACGUCUCCCUGCACGUUCGGCGACGUGACGACGCCCGUGCUCGGCGACAACUCCGUCUUCCUGGACGACCUCUCGCCGCCCGGAUUCACCAACCCCAUCCGCUUCCCGUUCGACUUCACGUGGCCGGGGACUUUCUCGCUGAUAGUGGAGGCUCUGCACGAUAACGAGACGUCGAGAAGCGGUGGCCAGACACUGAUUGCGCGGCUGACGACGCAGAGGUGGUUGGACGUGUCUGCUGAGUGGACGCAGGACGAGCAUCGGUCUGCGCACUCUGUGAUGCGCUACGAGUACCGCGUCACCUGCGACCCGCAUUACUACGGGCCAGGCUGCGUCACCCUGUGUCGCCCGCGCGACGACAACUUCGGCCACUGGACGUGCUCCACCGAAGGCCAACGGGUCUGCCUCGUGGGCUGGCAGGGCGAUUACUGCCUAAAGCCGCGCUGUCUUCCUGGGUGUGAUGAGCAGCACGGACAUUGCACGAAGCCAAACGAGUGCCUGUGCCACAGCGGCUGGAAGGGCCCCCUGUGUGACCAGUGCGAGCGGUACCCUGGCUGCCUACACGGCACCUGCCAGAAACCAUGGGACUGCCUGUGCAAUGAAGGCUGGGGCGGGCUCUUCUGCAACCAGGACCUUAAUUACUGCACCAACCACAAGCCGUGCCGGCACGGUGGAACCUGCUUCAACACGGGCCAGGGCUCGUACACGUGCUCCUGCCCACCCGGCUACACAGGCACCGACUGUGAGCGCCAGCUGGAUGACUGUGCCCACCACCCUUGCCAGAAUGGUGGAACUUGCAGGGAGAACGGAACUGGGAGCUUCCGCUGCGACUGCCGAAAAGGGUGGCACGGCCCGCACUGCGAGACGUCGGCACAGACGUGUGACAACGAGCCCUGCCGCAACGGCGCCACGUGCUCCGACACGGCACAGGGCUACCGUUGCCAGUGCCCUCCCGGCUACGACGGCGUCGACUGUGAGCACCAGAUUGACGAGUGUGCCUCGGCGCCCUGCCUCAACAAUGGUAGCUGUGUCGACCGCAUCGCCGGCUUCGACUGCAACUGUCCUGUCGGGUUCUCUGGCAAGCGCUGUGAGAUCAACAUUGAUGACUGCAAGGGCAAUCCGUGCCUCAAUGGUGGCACUUGCAUCGACAUGGUAAAUCAGUUCCGGUGCCAGUGUGUGCCGGGCUACGUGGACUCACUGUGCCAGAACAAGGUGGACUACUGCCGGACCAAGCCGUGUGCCAAUGGUGGCACCUGCACUGAUCUGCUCAACGACUAUCGCUGCGCCUGCCGGCCCGGAUUCACUGCGAAGGACUGUAGUGUCGAGGUGGACGAGUGCAAGUCGAGCCCCUGCCUCAACGGUGGCACCUGUAUCAACAGGGUGAACGCGUUCCAGUGCCGCUGCCCCGAGGGCUUCCACGGACCUGUGUGUGGUGACGAGGGCACGGCAGAUGAGCAUCAGGUCGUGCCUCCACCACCACCACCACCACCUGCUGUGCUGUCGACGUCUGCACCGGCCGAGUCAGCCGCCGUGUGGAACGCUGCCAACAGCUCGCACCACCGCCAGGUGGAGAGUCAAGAUGGUGGUGGCCUGUCACCGGAGCACGUUGUUGUGAUUGCGACCAUCUCGACAGCAGUGCCACUGCUUGUGCUGGUGGCUGCUGUGGUUGUCAUGUGCAUGAAGCAGCGCCAGAAACGUGAGCAGCAGAAGGCAGACGAUGAAGCGCGCAUGCAAAAUGAGCAAAAUGCCGUUCACAGCUCGAUGGCAAAGCGUGCGGGCCCUGGUGAUGCGCACAUGAUCAAGAAUACCUGGGACAAGUGCUGCAACAAUGUGGUCGCUGCGAACACGGCGCCUUCUCCAGAGGACGGUGGUGGGGGUGGCGGAGGCGGCGGUGGCGGCUCGACAGUGCCCAACAUCGUCAGUGUGAGUGCUGGUGUGGACAGUGAUUUGUGCUACCCCAAGGCACAGGUAGUGGACAAUGGCGGGCCUGUGUACACGUUACACAGGACGAGGUCGCAAAAACAGUUAAAUACGGACGCAGCAGCUAACCGCAGAACGUCGGCUCUGCUCAAUGUAACCAGCAGCGCAAAGCUGGAGAAAGACUUUGACAACCUGUGUCCCAGUGCGAGGACAUCUGUGACGGCAGAAAAGAGGAUAUCUGUUCUGUCCGCCGACUCGUCGCUUUGCAAUGCGAGUGACCCCGCGUUGACAAAGCGAACGCAUGACAAAGAGGGCAGCAACGUCCUGACUGGUCCCACAAGCAGCGUGUAUGUGAUAGAUGAACAUUUCCACCAUCAGGACGGGCUACUCGCAACGGAAGUCUGAGUAGCCGUGCUGGAUAGACUGUUGUCUAAAAAUGCGGAACUCGUGUGGUGUGUGCCUGGUGCCGUUUGUCGGUGUGAAUGUGUUCUCGAGUGACUGAUGUGCUUAAUUGAAAGACUUAGCCUUUUCAGCUUAACGAUAUGAAUUGGCUGUUGAAGGGUGAUGAGUGUGAACUUGGUGAAGAAGAGGAGAAAAGCACCUGUACAGUUAUUUAUUUUUUCUGAACUCCUAAUUGGAAAAUGUGCUUUUCCAUCUCCUUCACAGAAAAUGACGCAGGUUCAUCAUAGUACGCCACUGGUUGGUAGUAAGUGAUGUACUAAAUACUGAUCAUUGUAGUGCAACAUUGUAUCAGUAGAUACCAUUGUCACAGUGUAAUCGGUUUACAAGAAAAUGGAAUAAUGAAAUUGUACGGCAGUUUCUCUCUCUCUCUCUCUCUCUCUCUCUCUCUCUCUCCCCCCCCCCUCCC